AUGGUGUUGCCGCCCCCUGACAAACGCCACGUGUGCCUGACCACCAUCGUCAUCAUGACCAGUAUGGCCUUCAUGGACGCCUACCUGGUGGAGCAGAACCAGGGGCCCAGGAAGAUCGGCGUGUGCAUCAUUGUGCUGGUCGGGGACAUCUGCUUCCUCAUCGUGCUGCGCUACGUGGCCGUGUGGGUGGGCGCCGAGGUGCGCACGGCCCGCCGCGGCUACGCAAUGAUUCUCUGGUUCCUCUACAUCUUUGUACUGGAGAUCAAGCUCUACUUCAUCUUCCAGAACUGCAAGGCCGAUAGGAAGUCCCUGGAGACGGUGGCCCGGAAAGCCUUGACUCUGCUACUGUCUGUGUGUGUCCCGGGGCUUUACUUGGUUCUAGUGGCUCUGGACAGCAUGGAGUAUGUAAGGACCUUCAGGAAGAAGGAGGACAUGCGGGGGAGGAUCUUCUGGGUGGCUCUAGAUCUUCUGGAUCUUCUGGACAUCCAGGCCAACCUGUGGGAGCCUCAGCGGACCGGCCUGCCCAUCUGGGCCGAGGGGCUGAUGUUCUUCUACUGCUACGUCCUCCUCCUCACCCUGCCCUGCGUCUCCCUCAGCGAGAUCUCCACGCAAGGGGAACACGUGUCGCUCCAGAAGAUGAUGCUCUACCCUGUCCUCAGCCUGAUUACCAUCAACGUGGUCACUAUCCUGAUCCGCGGGGUCAACAUGGUGCUGUUCCAGGACAGUAGAGUCUCCACCAUCUUCGUCGGCAAGAACGUGGUGGCGAUCGCCACGAAGGCAUCCACCUUCCUGGAGUACCGGCGUCAAGUAAAGGAGUUCCCUCAACCACAGAACGCCAUGGCGUUGGAGCUGCAGCAGAACUCUGUGGGCCACGGACAUACACCCCACACGUCCCACUCGCAGCCUCUGGCCAACUCCACAAAUCUUCCCCACGAACCCUCGCCAGCGCGACACAUGGAAACAUGACCGCCA